AGUAUCCCAUCACGAACAUUCAUACAUAAUCCAUCCAAAGUUUGGACAUGAUAGGGUCUUUGUAUGUUGCUGAUUCCCUCAAGAUCUCUUCUCUUUCUAUCAGUAACUCCUAUAACCCUGCUAUUCCAUGUCAAACCCUUGUCUCUUCAAAUAAAGUGACACCGCCAUCAGUUACCAUGGCCAGAGAUUUGAGCUUCAAGGUCAGCACUUCUUCUCAGAGCCAUGCUUCUUUUGUGGUGCAACGGAAAGAGAAUAAUAAUGGGGAUAAUGGGUUUGUAGUAGGGUGUGCAAAAUGGGGUUUGCAGAGAGAAGCGGAAGAUGAGAUGAAACCGCAUGAAGAUGAUGACAAGGGUAGGAAUGGAAUGACAAGGUUUAGACAUAACUGUGGAGAAGGAGAGGGGAUUGCAGAGCUGUUGGAGUGUUUAGAAAGGGAAGCUAUAAUGGGUGAAGAUGUGGGAAAAGAUCCUACUGAUUACAACAGAAGGGCUAAGAUAUUUGAUAGAAGCUCUCAAGUAUUCCAAGCUCUCAAAAAACAUAAAAGUGAUGGUUUCCCACAAGAGUCUUCUUAAUAACAGGAAGUAGCUUUGUUAUCGUUUUGACUCCAUACUUGUAUUUGAAAUAAACUAGUGUCCCAUCGUAUUGUAUCAAAGAAUUUGGUUGAUUAGAUACACAAAUGAAUUUCAUAG